AUGGAAGAAGCAGGAGAGCAAAAUUUUGUUACCACAUUAGAUAAAGAGAUUCUGCCUAAUAAUUUUAAAGAAGCAAUCCUAGAUCCCAACUGGAAAAAGGCAAUUAAAGAAGAGCUUUCAGCCCUGCAUAAGAACAAAAGCUGGGUGAUUAGCCAAUUACUAAGUGGAAAGAAAACUGUGGGAUGUAAGUGGGUGUUUACUAAAAAAUACAACCCUGAUGGUUCAAUCAACAAGUAUAAGGCCAAGUUGGUGGCAAAGGGAUACUCUCAAACCUAUGGCAUUGAUUAUCAAGAAAUAUUUACACCAGUGAAAAAAUUGAAUACCAUCAGAAUCCAAUGGUCUCUAGCUACAAAUCUGGAUUGGCCGCUCCAUCAACGUGAUUUUAAGAACGCUUUUCUAAAUAGGGACCUGGAAAACGAGGUGCAUAUGGAGAUUCAUAAGGGUUAG